UUGUAGAGGAGCUAGCUCGCAGAAAAGUUCCACACCCAAAGAGUCUGCCAGCUCAGUGGCUGUCUUCAAGCAUCCGGACAUCUCGGCUAUCGAUGAGUUCCUGCUGCCACCGGUGUCUCGACUCACGCAUUCGUUCACCGUUCCGGACAGUAUGGACUCGGACGGUCGCCAUGCGGCAAAUAAUGCGGAAGCAGAGGAUUUGUACGGCGAUGAGUUUGUGCGAAAUCAUCGCAGAGCUCGUUACGCCCGUAUGGCGGCACGUGAUCGUGCACCGUCCAGAGGCGCCAAGUCGGAUAUUGCUGACUUUGUGGCUACCGGUGCGGGAGGACCGCCCUCGUAUAUGGGUGGCGGAGCUGCUGGUGGUGGGACUGGUGGUGUUCCAAGGUCGUACAUGAAGGAUUCGUUCUAUGCUUACGAUAACAGUUCGAUUGGUGGUGCACCCGGCGCCUAUUCGUCAUCGUCGUAUGCACUCAAUUAUUAUCCGAGUGGACGACAUUCGCUGGGUCCAGUGCAUGCGGGUGGAAAUGGAACCGGCAGAUAUCCACUAGCAUCUUCGAAGGAUCAGUAUGCUGCGUAUGCAGCGGCAGCAGCUGCAGCUGCUGCAGCCGGAGGAUUGGAUCAGNUUGAGUGUAUAUCAUUCAGUAAUAUCAUUGAAUAUGAACGAUCCGCGGGAUAUUAUGGCAACAUGUAUGAUGCAUACUAUAACCAGCAAGCACCACAAGCGUAUGCAGAAAGUAAGGAUGGUCGAGAGCGUGAAUAUAGCCGAGAUAGGGAUCAGGGCCAAGAGGAGGAUGACGACGAUGAAUCGUCGGCAAACGAUGAGGAAGAGGGCAGUUGGGAGAGUGACGACGAGAUGGCACAGAUUCAUUAUCAGCAACAAAUGAUGCGAAUGCGUAUGGGUGGAUUGGAGACGGAUCCAGAGGAGCGAUACUACUUAGGCGUUAUUCAGCUCUCUCAGAAUCGUGCCCUGCAACUGCUCUACAAGUACCCUCCACCGCAAGAAUACUUCCAUCUGCCGCCGAUCGAACGAGUUGCAUAUCUCUUCUACUGUGCACUCUACAAGCACCACUUUCAACCGGUUUCGCUGUUCCACAAACGAUUCAAUCGUGAGUAUUACAAUUACACGUGUGAUGGCGAUUCCACUGAAAUGGCACUUUGGAAGAUAUGUAGACAUACGCAAGAUGAGUUUAUUGCAAAACGUUCGUUGAGUCAGGCGAAUCAACUAAAAGCGUACGAAAUGUCACAAAAACAGUUGUUCAGUGAUGAUCGAGAGACACCGGAUAGCAGGUUUGGCUUUGAUUAA